AUGUUUGAGCAACUUUCACUUUUAGUUCCGCCAACGUUUCAAGCAAAAGGAAUGCGGCCAAUUUUUGUUCAAGCGUUUCUCAUCCGCCUCCUUCAGGUUUUCGAGUAUCGUUAUCCAGACAAAAUGUGGGCUGAGCCGGGAGACUUUUCAUCGUUGUUGAGCAAUGGCCAUGAUGCAAUUUUUAUUCUUCUACCAAGGUCUACAGAAAAUGGAAACAGCUACCAGCACAUUUCUAAGCUCCUUGUACAGGUGAAAAAAGAAUUUCAUCUACAUUGUUUCAGUCGAUUAACGAAUAUUCAGCAUAAUUCGGAAAACAACUUAAAAGUGGCAAAGCCAUCCUUUCUCUCGAUCGGCAACUACGAUGUAGUAGCUUUAGAAAGUUAUGAUGCGGCUACAGACACAAUGUGA